AUGGAAGAAGAACUUCGUGAUCAAAAAGCACGCAGGGACUACUACAACAUGCUUCAUUUUGUUGCAGACGCGCAACAGGGCAUUCCGAAGUUGUGCCCCUGUGGAUCAAUAACCAAGGAAACUGUUGAUGAAGACGAUAGCUACGACUACCUCCCUGGGAAGAGGUACUUCGUGUGCAAAGACUUCGUGAAUGACGGCUUGCAUUUCAGGCAGCCAUGGGUUAAGGCAAUUCAAGAAGAAGUUGAGAGGCUCAAAGUGAAGUUCUAUGAGCAGGAAAAGCUUCUCAGAGAGUGCGAGGCCCUUAAGGCGCAGGUGAGGAUGCUGCUUCAUCGUGUGGCUGCACUCGAGAAAGAUGUCUGA